AUGCUUGCUUUUAUGCAGACCUUGAUUCUGCUCACCACAUUGAGUGCCGCCGUCAUUUCCGCGAGUUCCGUCAGCGUCUUCAGGUACGACCCACCCACCAGGAGCGGACCACUGUCCAUGUACAAAACCCGUGCCAAAUAUGGAGUCCCCAUUUCACCGGAGCUCUCGGCCGCCGUCAGACGCGCCGGCUUCAACAUCCACAACUUAAACAAACGGCAGCAGCAAAAGCAACAGGGAAACGUUUCCGCCUUCCCCUACAGGGGUGACUCGGAAUGGUUGAAUCAGGUGAAGCUGGGCACCCCGCCACAAGUUGUUAAUCUCCAGCUGGACACGGGCUCGGCUGAACUCUGGGUGUUUGCCGACAAGCACCCGACCGCCAAUAAAGCCGGUCGCAGAGUUUACAGCCCCUCGAAGAGCUCAACCGCGGCGCGUAUGCCCGGCCUGUCGUGGGAAAAGUCGUACGCCGGAGGAAACAGCGCGUCAGGUACUGAAGUGUACAACGAUACCGUGCGUUUGGGCGAUAUUGUCGCCCAGUCCCAGGCCAUCCUUCCCGCGACCGCCGCAUCGGAAUCGUAUGUCAAAUCACCCUACGACGGCAUUUUGGGCCUCGAGCUGGCAAACUUCACUGCUACGCUGCCGGUUAAAGCUCAGGGGCCCACAAACUUCUUCGAGACGAUCAAAUCAUCGCUCCCGUCGCCGCUAUUUGGUGUGGAUCUGAAGCAAGACAACGAAAGCUUUUUCGAUUUUGGCGUGGUGCCUACCAAUCGUUACCGCGGCGAGGUUGGCUGGACGCCAGUGAACCCCUCCCGCGUCAAAGGCAUGGAUUAUUCACGGUGGAAUAUGACGGCGUCCGGGUAUGCGAUCGGCGAUUCCAAAACUGUUCCCCUUAAGGCCAGGAAUAUGACGGGCGUUGUGGACACCGGUACUACGUUGUUGUACCUAGACAAACCCAUCGUGGAAGAGUAUUACGGCAAAGUGCCGGGCUCCCGAUAUGAUCCCCUUUUGGCUGGUUGGGUCUUUCCCUGCGGCAUAGCCCAACCGCUUCCCGACUUUUCGUUUGGGGUCGGCCCGGUCGGUAGCGCCGUCACUAUUACGAUCCCGGGUACAUAUCUUAAUUGGACCGAGGACGCACAAGCCAAAAUUGAUUGUUUUGGCGGCAUCCAGGAGUCAAUCGACCUAGAAGGGUCAAAGGUCUCUAUAUUUGGUACUGUGGCUAUUAAGUCCGCCUAUGUUAUUUUUGAAGACGCUCGCCCGGCAGCAAACCCAAGGGUUGGCUGGGCUGCUAAGGAUCUUUAA